ACUAGUUGUUUCCAAGAGCCGGUAUCUGACAGAGGCAUUGCACUGUGCGCCGUCGUCUCUGUUUAUAUCGGAACUGUUUACAAAACAUAGCGGGGAACAACACUGGUUUCGCGUUAGGUUUAAAUGUGAACUCACUCAACCCGGGACAAAGUUUUUGGCUAUAUUUCCCUGGAUCUCAAGCGCCUUUUUUUUCUAUCCGGAUGAAAGGAUCCCUACCGCAUAUUUGUUUCUGCAACGUGGACUUUAAGCUCUACACGAGAGACGGGAGAGCCGUGCUAUCGGAAUAAAACUACUGCUGUAAACCAAGAAAACACGUCGUAUCGCCUGUGGUGGAUAUCCUCAAAGAAAUGCUACUGUCCAAGCUCAAUUCUCUGGCCCACAUCUCCACUGUAGACAUGCCGGCGAAAAUCCAGCUCCAAGUUCAUCAAGUGAAGGAGAAGGAGCCUUUCGAGAAGCUGUAUCAGGUCGGCGCGGUGCUGGGCAGUGGCGGCUUCGGCACGGUCUACUCCGGUACAAGGAUAACCGACGGAGCUCCGGUUGCUGUCAAACAUGUGGCCAAGGACAGAAUCUCCGACUGGGGAGAGCUGCCUAAUGGCUCCCGUGUCCCUUUGGAGAUUGUGCUGUUGAAGAAAGUAGGGACGGGCUUCCGUGGCGUUAUCAAAAUGCUAGACUGGUUCGAGCGACCAGACAGCUUCAUCAUCGUGAUGGAGAGGCCCGAAAACGUCAAGGACCUGUUCGACUUCAUCACGGAGAAAGGUGCCUUACCGGAGGAGCUCGCGCGGAGCUUUUUCCGCCAGGUGUUGGAGGCUGUGCGGCACUGCCAGAACUGCGGCGUGGUGCACCGGGAUAUCAAAGACGAGAACAUUCUGAUCGACCUCCGCACUGGGGAGAUGAAGCUUAUUGACUUCGGAUCUGGAGCCCUGCUCAAAGACACCAUAUACACAGACUUUGAUGGCACAAGAGUGUACAGCCCACCGGAGUGGAUCAAAUAUCAUCGCUAUCAUGGACGCUCUGCCACAGUUUGGUCCCUGGGUGUCUUGCUGUAUGACAUGGUGUGCGGGGACAUUCCAUUUGAACACGAUGAGGAGAUCACAAGAGGGCAGGUCCUUUUCCGGAGAAGAAUCUCCACAGAAUGCCAGCAGCUGAUCAAGUGGUGUCUGUCUGUGCGGCCAGCUGACCGCCCAUCCUUCGAGGACAUCAUCAAUCACUCGUGGAUGCAGAGCACGUCCUCCUCUGUAGUCCCAUCCACGGUGCAGACAGAGAAGACGACCACAGAGAUCAGGCUCCACAGCAUCAGCCACGAGCCCACAGCCUUCACACCCACCCCCGUGGCUGUGGCUCGGUGAUGGAGGCAAACAGGGCUGCUCUGGUCUGAACUGGACUGCACUGACCUAAGAGGCUAUUACAAAAGACUUAUGUAACCGACUUGAAGCAGAGAGGAGGGGGGCAUCCAGACACUGGUGAGAGCAACGUGUAAAGGACUAAGGACAGAGAAAAAAAACAGGUCAUGACAAACCAUCAUGUCUGUUUUCAACAUGGCAGGCCUGACCCUCUCCACCCCGACUACUUGAUCUUCCCAGCCGUUGACUCUUGUCAAUGUGAGAACAUCAUCCUCGCUGGAUCUACACAAUGAGUGUUUAUCAGUCCGUAGGAGGGCAUGCUCUGUAUGCACAGACACCUGCGUUGGGCACAUACAGUACACACACUCGCUGUUCUGCUGGAUGAACAGUCUGCGUUACGUAAGGUCCCGCUGCACUGUACGCUGCUCCCUCUCCCUCUGUUCUCUCUGUCGCAGCAGGAUGGGAAGAGAGAGGCGUUGGCAAAGCACGAUUCUCAAACAAAAAAGUGCCUUCUGUGAGAUUGUUGGAGGACCCUGAAAAUACUUGAAUUUGUGAAAGCAAAUAAGGCUUGUCUUCUCAGAGACAUUUUUGCUCCUUACUCUGUACAAGGCUUUAUAUUGUUCAUUGCUGUUUUGUUUUCCUCUCAUGGGCCUAGAUCAGUAAAGCCUAUGUCAUUUACAGCCAUUGCUAUCACUACGUCUAGUACUCCAAUGUCAUUAGCAACCAGACAACCUCAUAGCUUCGGCAGCCAGCCUGUGCAAACGAAUCAUAAAAAAGAAAACACUGGACUUACCUCACUCUAUUUACUACAGCAUCCACCUCUACUCUACAACCUCCACUUCCUCUUCUUCUCUUGUUGUACUGAAUACAACACAAGAUUCACAUCCACCGGAAUGCACACCACAAUGCACACCUAACCAUACCAAAAUACAACAUCCUCUGCUCUUCACUUUUCAAUUUAUUUUUUUUAUGUUUAAACAGUGCCUCACACAGGUCUUAAAAUUCGGUGGGGACAAGAAUUGUAAAUAAUAAUGAUAUUUAUUAUUGUUGUGACUUCCUUCUCACACUCAAUGAGCGCAGAAUUUAUUUAUUUAUUUAUGAGAGAAUUUCGGCUGUUUAUGUAUUUCAUUCCACAGUCACAGAAGGGCCCGCAGAUUAUUUAAAAGACAAACAAAGAUCAGAUGAAUUUUUUCUAAACCAUAUUUAUGGCUUGAAAUUUGAAAAGAGCAGAUGUGUUUGUGUGUAUGUUUGUGUAUGUAAUGUACAUAUUGUGUAAAUAGUCCUAAAAGCACUUCCAUCUUAAUGUAUCUAAACAUUGAACGUCUACUGAUGGUAACUGGUUUUGUUACGCUGUUGUCUGCUGGGUGAGCAAAUGAAUUUUGUGCGUGUGUGUGUGCGUGUGCGAGAAUGUCAUGUUUGUGUGUGAGAUGUGACAAUGAGAAAACUUCUGGUUUGAAUGCAGCUUGGAUUGUUUUUUCAUCCAUUCAAAUUAGAAUUGUAAAUUAUGUUAGAAACUAUUUUUAUACAAUUUCAAUAAAUAUUUUUUUAACAAUGA